AUGUCUCGAACACGCCAGCCAAUUGCUUCAAAUUCAUUCCAAACCACGACAGAGUCCUCAGACUCCUCAACAGCCCACUUCCCCCCAACCCUCAGGCUACGAGCCGAGGAAGCAACUGACACCAGCGAAGCAACAUCGUCAUCCCGGCGAAUCCGAUGGAGCGAAGAUGUCAUAGACAACGAGGGCAUGGGCAAAAAGAGCUCAAAAGUAUGCUGCAUCUACCACAAAGCCCGCCCAGUGGGAGAAAGUAGCUCAGAAGAGUCCUCAUCCAGCUCAUCCGAAAGCGAGAGCGAGAGUGAAGACGACCGUCGCACUGCCAGAGUCAACCGGGCUCGCCGCGCACACCCACACUCCGGAGACCGGGAACCGCACGACGAGCACGAAGGGUGUUGUCCUGAGGACCACGGCUCAAAACCGAAACGCAGUCGCAGGAAGCCGAGUCCGAAUGCAUACGAGAAGAUGCCUAAGCCGUCGAAGAGCCAGAGUCAGAAUCAGAAUGAGAACCAGGCGCGGGGUACUUGA